UUGUUAGCUCUCGCCGGCCCCUCCCUGCCUGGGCCUUGCGACCCCCGCCCCCCGCCCCCGCGGCCCCCCGCCGCUGGGCCUUCCGCCACCAUGAAGAAAUUCUUCCAGGAGAUCAAGGCCGAUAUCAAGUUCAAGAGCGCGGGUCCCGGUCAGAGGCUCACGGAGUCGGUGGGGGAGAAAAUCCCCAAAGAAAAAGCCAGCCAGCUGGCACACCAGCAGCCUCGCCAGGGACCCACCGAUGAGGCGCAGAUGGCGGCUGCAGCAGCGCUGGCCCGGCUGGAGCACAAGCAGCCCAGGGCCCGGGGCCCCACAUCACAGGACUCCAUCCGGAACCAGGUGAGAAAGGAACUUCAAGCUGAAGCGGCUGUCAGCGGGAUCCUGGAAGCCCCAGGGACCAGCGUGGUACCUGAGCCUAACGAGGAAGGCCCGGCCCACUUGGAGGUGCCUGGAGUGUGCUUCACCUGCCCACUCACAGGGGCCACCCUGAGGAAGGAGCAGCGGGAUGCCUGCAUCAAAGAGGCCAUCCUCUCGCACUUUUCCACUGACCCCGUGGCUGCCUCCAUCAUGAAGAUCCACACGUUCAACAAAGACCGUGACAGGGUGAAGCUGGGUGUGGACACCAUUGCCAAGUACCUGGACAACAUCUGCCUGCAUCCUGAGGAGGAGAAGUACCGGAAGAUCAAGCUGCAGAACAAGGUGUUCCAGGAGCGCAUUAACUGCCUGGAAGGGACCCAUGAGUUUUUUGAGGCCAUCGGCUUCCAAAAGGCACUGCUUCCGGUUCCUGACCAGGAGGGCCCUGAGGAGUUCUACGUGCUGAGCGAGGCCGCGCUGGCCCAGCCCCAGAGCCUGGAGAGGCACAAGGAGCAGCUGCAGAGCGCCGAGCCCGUGCGGGCCUCCCUGGCCCGCCAGCGCCGGCUCUUCCGGCCUUCGCCUCUGGCCUCCCAGUUCGACCUGCCCAGGGACUUCUUCAACCUCACGGCGGAGGAGGUCAAGCGGGAGCAGAGGCUCAGGUCCGAGGCUGUGGAGCGGCUGAGCGUGCUGCGGACCAAGGCCAUGAGGGAGAGGGAGGAGCAGCGGGAGAUGCGCAAAUACACCUACACGCUGCUGCGGGUCCGCUUCCCGGAUGGCUGCCUCCUGCAGGGGACCUUCUACGCCCGAGAGCGGGUUGCGGCACUCUACGGGUUUGUGCGGGAGGCCUUGCAGAAUGACUGGCUCCCUUUUGAGCUGCUGGCCUCGGGCGGGCAGAAGUUGUCAGAGGAUGAGAACUUGGCCUUCAACGAGUGUGGGCUGGUGCCCUCAGCCCUCCUGACGUUCUCGUGGGAUGUAGCAGUGCUCGAGGACAUCAAGGCCGCGGGGACGAACCCAGACUCAUCUAUCCUGAAACCUGAGCUCUUUUCGGCCAUGGAAAAGCUCUCAUGAAAUAAAAGCAGGGUUGGCUUUGGCCCCAAGGGUCUGUCUUGUGCUCUCCUGCUUCCUCCAGCACCUGCUGUCCCCUCCCUCCUGGGCUCUGCGGGGACCACUUGUCCACAGUGACAUGGGCGUGGGGAGGGGUACGGGUUGGCUGUGGACCUGGAGGGGGCUCUUGGGGGACAGCCACUGUGUUAUCCUCCCCAGUAGCACUGGGCAUGAGCCACUUACAGCCGCUCUAGCCAGUUUAACAGAACACCCCACCUGGGGUGAGAUGGCAUGUCUCCCUGGGCAGAGGCAGGCAGGCAGCAUAGGCUGGGUUCCUGCAUGCUGUGGCCCUGAGGCUGCCCCAUGGGGCUGCUGGUGACAGUGGGAGCAGAGGGGGCACUGGGCCUUUCAGGACACAGCUCUGUAAUACUGAAUCAGGAACCCGAAUAAACAGGAUGUCUGAUGAGUC